AGGCCGGCAGUGGCCGCCUUACUGCUGCUUUGCCAAAGCACCGUUGCCGUAGCCGCAAGAGCAGUGUUUGCCCAUUUCAUGGUUGACAACACCGGCGGAUGGUCACAGAGUCAAUGGGAAACCGAGAUUGCCACAGCUGCGGCAGCCAGUAUCGACGCCUUUGCCCUCAACAUUGCCUCCGGCAGUCCCAUCAAUGACCAGCAGCUCGGGAACGCUUUCGCAGCAGCCAGCGCGAAGAAGUUCAAGCUCCUGUUCUCCUUCGACUACGCAGGUCUCGGUCCUUGGAACCGCGAUGCCGUGAUCUCUCUUCUCCGAACGUAUGCGCGCCACGGCGCCUACUUUCAGCACAAUGGGGCCAAGCCCCUGGUCUCAACCUUUGAAGGGCCCGACAAUGCCGCCGACUGGAAUGAGAUCAAGGCGCAGAUUGGGUGUUUCUUCAUGCCUGAUUGGUCCUCGAAAGGUGCCCAAGAGGCUUUGCGCCUUGGAGGUGGCGUUGCAGAUGGUCUGUUCAGCUGGGCAGCUUGGUCUUUUGACGGUGGUGCUAUGGACACCUACACGGAUGCGUCUUAUCUCCAAGCACUGAAGGGGCCCGACGAGAGCAAGCCGCGGAAACCGUUCAUGAUGGGCGUUUCGCCCUGGUUCUACACAAAUCUCCCGGGCUACGACAAGAACUGGAUGUGGCCAGUCCACACGAUGAACCUCUGGGCACAGCGUUGGGAGCAGGUUCUCUUCUUGCUUCCUGAUUAUGUCCAGAUCAUUAGCUGGAAUGACUUCGGAGAGUCCCAUCACAUCGGUGCUACACAUGCCUCGCCUCCAUUCACAGAUGGCAAGGCUACUUAUGACUACGUGACGGGGAUAAGUCACGAUGCGCUCCGCUGGCCCCUAUCCGUUUGGGCCCAGCAGUACAAAAAUGGUGUGGCAACCGUCACGCAGGAGAGCGUGUUGCUUUCGUAUUUGCCACAUGACGUCAAUAGCUGCAACGACGGCGGAACCGUGGUCAACACCGCGACGCAGCUGCAGCCAGAGUCUUUGCCCAGUGAUAUUCUCAACUUCCGGUAUAUCGGUUUUACAGCGACGCUAGUCUCAGAGGCGACGUUGACUAUCACCGUCGGCGGACAAGCUUUGUCGGCGGCAUGGUACAGCAAGCCAGCUGGUGGUGUAGGCGUGUAUUACGGCCAAGCCUACAUUACGGAUGGGCUCUCGGGCGAUGUACGGGCAACUCUGAAGCGCAACGGGGCCACCAUCGCCACUGUGAACGACGGGACUCGGAUCGGGGGUUGCAACCCCGCGGGCUAUGCCAACUUCAACCUCCAUGUUUAUGGCGGCAAGGCCAGCGGGGGGGUCUCGGCGCAGACGGUCUCUCGGAAUGAUCUGGUCUGUAUCCGCGGAACUGGAGCACCAGGCUUUACCGACAUCUGCGCCGCAGCCUGCGGGUUAGGCUACUGUCCCGAGUCCGCCUGUGUCUGUACCCAGCUGGGCCGGCAGCCUAAGAUGCCAGUGGCGACGCCCGUGACAGGCUUCGCCAAGAGCGAUACCAACUACAUCGGCCUCUGCAGCUUCACCUACACCUAUGGCUUCCGGUUUCCCGCGUACUGCUCGACCACCAAGCAGACCCUUUCCACCCCGAGUGUAUCGCCCUUUCUGCCAGAUGCCUGCACGGCGGGCCAUGGCCGUUCACAAUGGAGCGCAAACCAGAUCCCCAGCGGCAUGACGGAGCUCAUCCUGCCAGACGAGGACGAACUCACACUGAGGAACAUGUGCAACUUCGCCUGUGGCUAUGGGGUAUGCAUCUGUGCCACGUCUGCCGACAAUUCCAACGAGGCUGUAUAUGUCGUCUGUGACAAAUCCCACGUCUACACCACCGUGGACCUCAUCGAGGCGAACCUGGCCAGCAUCCCCCGCCGCUGCAUCAACACGUACCUUGGCCUCGCCAUGGCCGGGGAGCUCCAGCGCUCUCUCUCGACGUACACCGACAUGCUGGCAGACGGCUACGACGGCGACUUUGCCCGCUACAAGAAGUGGGUCCAGCAGUCCGUCCCAGACAUUGUCGACCGCUACACCCUGAGUGACGGGGGCAGGAGCUUCUUUUCGUGCACCCUGGGCUGUGUCCACUGCCCGGAUGGCGUCGAGUCAGGUCCGUAUCUCAAACCCACAGACUGCCCGACCACCUACCUCGACGAGUCGUACCACUGGACGCUCAACGACAAGGACGGCUACGACGCCGGCUUGGUCAAGGCCGGCGUCGACCCGGACUGGGUAGAGCUCCGCACGCGGCGGACGUACAUCAACCCGGGCUGCUGGCAGAGCCCCAACCUCCCUCCCGACCCGUGCCAGCUGUGCAGCUGCGCCUUCUACUACGGCUUCCCCGGCGCGAGGCGCGACUACGAGGUGCCCAACCCAAAAGAGCAGAUCGCCGCGUCCCUGGGCAACUUCACCCUGUUACACGACGAGCUCGGCUCGGCUGCUCAGUCCUCCGCCGCCGGGUUCUACUACGGCGAGUCGAGCGAGUACGUCGACGGCAGCCACCUGCUCGUGUUCAUGGCCAACAAGGCCGUCGAGUCGAUGCGGGACGUGCAAAAGCUGGCGGACGAGCUCGAGGCGGCGGAGCGGCUGGACGGCAUCCUGGGUUUCGUCACGGCGUUCCUGAUGAUCAUCCCCGGGAUAGGCUGGGCCCUGAGGGGAAUACCCAGCGCCAUAAUGAACAACCUCGGCAGGAUGCUCGUCCUGGCGGGCGACGCCGCCGGCGCCGCCCUGUCCAUCUACGGCUUCGUCCAGGACCCCGAGAGCGCCAUCCUCGGCAUCAUCGUGGCACUCUUCGGCGCAGGCGGUGCUCAGGGGUCCCGCGGGUUCUCGGCCGCCGCGGGCAAGACCCGGGACAUGCCGGGCAAGGAGAAGGACGCGUUUAACUCGUACUUUGGCGGGAGGGUUGCGCAGGUACAGAAGGUGAGCACGCGGGGGUCUGGGCAGAGCACCUGCUUUUGAAGAGUUAUGUUGCAGUUAGUUAUAUUACAAGGUCAAAGGCAUUUCUUCCUGUUCUGUCG